ACAAAUUUAUAUAGCUUAAAGGACCUGACUUCUACGCUAUUGUACAUCUUUUGUAUCCAGGUUUUUCCCAUUACCACAUUUGAUUCUGAUAAUUAGUUGUUACUACAGUAAGAACUACUGGAAUUAGACCGAUUCACUCAUCUUGGCACUAAGAUAUUGUUUAACUACUAUGGGAGCAAACCUAGAUCCUAUAUGCUAGUUAAGAUGGCAAAACAAUUUCUAUUCAACUUAUUUUCAAAUACUCAGACUCUUGAAAUACUGUAUACAGUAACUGGGUUUUGGGCUCUUCUCAAAGAUGGAAAAUUAAAAGAAAUUGCUUAAGCAAUUGUAGAUGAGGGACCAAAUACUUCCUCCUCUUCCCCCGCCCAUAUAAUUGUGCAUCUCUCCUCUUACUUUGAGAACUCGGAUUCCUAAGCAUAGAAACAAGAACCCUGCUGUAUCGGUGGCUAAAUCAGCUAUACAUGAUUUCAGUUACAAAAAACUAGUAGUAAAAUAACUAAGCUAUGACCACUGCACCAUAGAUACCUAGGACUCUGGUAAUUCCUACUAACUGGCAGUGGUGGAAGUUCACAUGCUUGCAUCUCCCCUUACAAAGCUCACAAACUUUACUUCUCAGAUACAGAAACUGAGGGGCAAAGGCAGUUUCUGAUUGAGCUGUAGUUGUCUUAACACUUCAUCUAUCAUCUUGGUUCUUACCUUCUACUCUAGAGCAAAGUGUUUGCUGGUCUCUGAUUUCUUAAUGAUAGACAAAGAUGAAAUGUCCUGGCUGGUUCUCAGGCUUAGCAUCAGAAUAUGGAUUUACAAGGAUUAGUUAGCUCUAUGUGGCUUCUGAGGGGGAUCAUGCUGGAGUAAGGAUCAUUCCAAUUAUUCAGAAUGAUCCCUGAAAACGGAUGUUGAAUCACUAGCAUUCGUGGGUAUGUGCUGUGCUGUCACGUGUGAUGUAAGAAUUUAAGUAAAAUCCCAUUUUAACUCUUUUUAAAAGAGCCAAGUGGGAGGCACCUAUUUGUAGAGGCACAUUCUCAUGGUCUUACUUUCCUCAAUACCAGCUGUAAAUACUGCAGAUGCAGUGAUCAAAGGCAAUUAUACUCAACAUCCCUGUCACCAGAACAUCCAAUUGAAAUUCCUUGGACAUCAACUUAACCUGCUAUUUUUUGGUCUAAACUUGGAAUAUUUUAACAUCUGCCAAACCAGUUGUAACUUUAUAUUUUUUUUCAACCCAGUAGUCUUCUUAAACAGCAGCCCUAACAGAGGAUAUUAGAGUUCCUUAAGCUGCUGGAUCUUUUUUUUGUUUUGUUUUGUUUUUUUGGGCCAUUUGAACGGAGCAUUUUUAACAAACUUCUAGGGCACUGGUAUGUUUUGUGUUCAGUGCUUCCCACACCCCCAGAAUAUGUUGUGCUAGGCAGUCAUCUAAACUUGGAAUCUUGCAGAGGCAGGAACUAGUCUGUUACACUUGAACAGUAUCAUGCUAUUGAAACGGGAGGAGGGGAAUCUUAAACUAUUAAAGGAUUCAGAGGGGUAGCUGAGUCUGUAACUAAAAAGACUUAAAACAAUGAAUAGUCUAGUAGCAUCUUAAAGACUAACAAAACAUGUAGGUGGUAUCAUGAGCUUUUGUGGGCAAAACUCAUACCAUCUGCUUAUUAGAGGAUUGUCAGUCUUAGACAAAGGCUGAUUUAAGAUGUGUGAUGGGCUGAAAAUUCCAACUUAACUAAGUCACCUUGGGCUACCCUUUGCCUGUUAUGUGGAAACUGAUACAUGGUAGAAUACUAGAGCUGGAAGGGACCUUGAGAUAUCAAGUCCAGUCCCCUGCCCUAGUUUGAAAUGUUUCCUUUUCACUCCUAAUCUCUCCAGAAAUAGAGGCCCAGCAACUGAUUCUGCUUUAGUGUCUGUGAGGAUGGUUCCUUUAGUUAUUUCACUGUGCUUCAGAAAACCAGCCUAUGCCCUGGUUGCUAUAACAAAUCAACUUCAUUUAACUUUCCCAUUGAAAUAGCUGUGUAUAUGCCCAUCUCUAAAUCACAGUUGUAAGGCUAGCUCGCUAUCUAGCUGUCUCCUUGUCCUUUCACCUGUCUGAUUUCCAGGAAGGUGACUGGCAUUGCAGCAUGUCUGGAAAGUUAAUUCUGCUUCUGCCAGAGGCUGCUGUGCUCAGUAAGCUCUGUUCUGCUCAUUUGCUAGUGAAAUAGUAUAUGGGACAGUUGAAUUGCAGCAGUGCACUGUGCUGUUCUUAGGUGGUGGUGUAUGCUCACUGUUUUACCUAGGAUUCACACAAUAUACCUGCAUUGCUAGGAAAAGCUCUGAUCUAUCCUCUGAGCUGCUGUUAUCCCCUCUUAUUUACCCCCUUAUCUCUAGAAUUCCAGCCCAAUUUCCAUCUGCAGUCCUCCUGUCACCCCAUUUCCUAAUCAGUUUCCCUUCCCCCACAGGUGAAGUAUGAUGAGCUACUCCCAUAGUCCAAAGUUGGAUUUUGGAGGAAGGGAAGUAUGCGCCUUGCCAAGAACUAGUUUGCCUCCUGUGGAGGAGCAGAUGCUAAGAUGAGCCUAGCAUAAUACUUUAGACCAAGCCAAUGUCCUAUGCUAGAGUAGAACAAACACAUGUGCCUUUUUCUUGCACAGUUAGGGGAGGAAGAGGCACAGGCUCUCUUCCCUAACCCAGUGCCUUCUCUGUGAAGAUGUGCUGGUACCAGUGAAGCUGGGAGAGUACAUGCAGGCUACAGGGAAGCAGUAUCUGCCCUUUUUGAUACGUGCACCCAUUAGCUGGUCAAUUGGACUCACAGCUGCCAGCAGUGAAAGAGAGCCUGAACCACAUAGCAGUGGAGUUAAAAUGAGAGGCACAAGGAAGACACACAGAAAAAGGUGCUGCUGUUUUGAAUAUUAGGUUUAAAUUAGCUGGUGCUUUUUUUUCUACCCUGCUGUCAGUUCUUGGGUUUGUUUUCAAAGUGCGCACACAAACUAGAAAGACAAGGGGGAGAGGCAAAAAAAUCCCUGUUCAGCUGGUUUGCUAUGUCCUGCCGUCAACAUCUACAGUAGAGGGGCUGGAGAACUAUCUAGACUACAUAGAGCACUUUAUUUGCUCAAAGCAUGGUGCCAAUAUAAAUUGAGCCUGUGUGGUCCUGCAGUAUUGGUACCUCUCCCUGUUUCAUGCAGGGGAAGCAGGACUGAAUCUCUUCAUGGGUUUUAACUCUGAUUUUUGAAAGAGACCCCUCCUCCUUCAUGCCAAUGUAAAAGAAGGAAAUCAGGCCAGCUAAGAUCCUAAUUGUCAGAAGUGCUGAGCAUCUGUGAAAAUUCAGACCAUAAGGGUACCUAUACUGUCGUAAAGCACCCCAGGCUGGCCUGGGGUAGCGGAUUCAGGCUUGCAGGGUGACAAAAUUGCACAUCUCUAUACAGAAGAAUCUUUAUUUUUCAGACCUUCGCUUAUCCAACAUUCCGUUUUAUCCGAUGGGCUGCCCGCCGUCAUUUGCUGCCCGCCAAAUUGACGAAUAAGAACGCAGCAUGUACAACAGCUUAUCACGAGUGCAGUCGUGCUUUUGUUUGAUGUCUGUUUUUUCAUUAGAAUUAUUAAUAAAUUGAGUUUCUACAUAUUUAUACUCAGAUUUUUUUAGUAUUCCAUAUUAUCCGAUAUUUCCGCUAUCCGACCAUCCUCUGGUCCUGUUUAGGUCAGAUAAUUGAGACUCUACUGUAUUUGGGCUAGAGCUGGAGUCUGAACUGUGGGCUUCCGUGAGGGUCGAGGAUCCUUCAGGGUGUCUGUUCUGGCACAGGGUCUGUCCUUUUCCUAAUGGCCAUGCUUUAAUUUCCCUUUCAGCUUGGGGCUGAUUGGGGGGGGAGGUCUAUUUCCUUUUUAGCACUUUCCCUCAAACCAAAAGGGGAGCCUUUCCUUGCCUGGCUGGCUUUCCCUGAAGGGAGAGAGAAGAAAAAAGGACUCUAUCAGGCUAGCUCAGAAGGAUAGGCUUUCCAGUGGGAAAAGCCAGGGCCGUGACAAGCACGUCCAGAAAUCUCAGACCAAUGUUCAGUGGCAGUUACCUGCUGGCAGCACAUAUUCCUUCCGGUCUGUUUAACACAAUGACACUCAAUCUUCCAGCUGAGGCCAGCCAACGCAGACAGACGCAGCCUUUCCUGCAGCUCUGCCAAAGUACCUCCUGCCUUGCCAGGCCAGCCCCAAGUUCAGCUGUAGAGUGCUGAGCUGUGUGGUGUUUGCUAAUGUGUCCACUAGGGACCAGCCUAUGACCAUCCAGAUGCUCCCUCACUUCACCUGGAGGCAUCAGACUUUUCUCUGCUGCCUCUCCUGCCGUCCAUCAUACCCUUAUCAUAGGUGCCUGACUGAAGAUCAGAAUGACUCUUUCCUGCCUACCUCUGUUUCUCGUAGUAACCAGGUAACACAGGGGCAGUGCCCUUCAUGGUGUAGGCUCCUAUUCAAACAGGGCCAUCUGAAAGAGACUAUCUGUUUGCAAACAGCAUGGCUGAACUCUGUCCUGGAAAAAACUUCCUAGGCUUUUUCAACUAUUAAGUAAAAGAUUGUGGCUACACCUAAAUAUGAACAGAACUCAUCCUCAGAGAGGUUUUGGUGGAAUCUCAUUUGACUCAACAAAGUCUUCCAUUGAAGAAAGAGAUUGCUGCCAGGAAUGCGGCAUGUGGUUAAGCUGUACUCGAAGAUGCCUUUGUGUCUCCCUCAUUGCACUGCUCAUACUCGGUGUUGUAGGUGCUGCCAUUGGUCUUACUGUCACAUUUGGACUCCCACCUCCUACUCCAGUGAACCGUUUCUGUGUGACUUCAGGUAACCAGACUGGCUUUUUAUGUGAUGAUAGAGUGACUUGCCUUCCAGCCAGUCGGAUCUGCAACAGAAUCAGAGACUGUGUUAAUGGAGAGGAUGAGCAGGAAAAAUUAUGCAUUGAUCUGCCCAGUAACCUUCCAGGAUAUUUGAUCUUCCGCUGCAGCAACCCCACAUACUGGAUCUAUGCUGAUAUGAAGUGUAACGGCGCAAAUGACUGUGGAGACUGUUCUGAUGAGAAGGGGAGCUUGGCCAGCUGCCCUCCUUGUGGGACUCUGUGGUGGAGCUGCACCCCGGUGUUCUAUAGGUAUUGCACUUGCAUUCCCAGGACCUUCUGCCAAGACAGAAUCCAGCACUGCUCAGACUGGUCUGAUGAGUAUAUCUGCAAUAGAUGAAGUUACUGGAGCUGAGUGGUAGCUACACACCCCCUAGGGCAUGGUCUGCGUUCUCCUGAUGCUUUAACACCUUGGCUUGAAGUUUUCGUCUGAAAACAACAAGGCCUAGUAGUUUCCUGACAACCAUGCAACAACACUGAUAGGAUGACGUGUGCUAUAACAGACUGAACAUAGGACUGGGAGCCAGGAAUUGCACAGUUCUAAUCCCGUGUCUGUGGCUCACUUGCUGUGCGAUCCUGGGCAUAUCACUCACCUUUCUAUGUGUUGAUUUUCCCAUCUGUGAAAGAGGGAUAAAGUACUUUGACAAUACAAAGUGCUGUCUAUGUGUCAAGGUUAUGAUUGUUGAGAUGAGAUGUAUAUACAGACCUACAGGGAUUCUUAAAAAAACCAUUAAAAAACAACAAUGGUCCUGUAGCACUUUAGUGACUA